AUGAAAAAGAAAUUAAAUAUUCCUCUUAGGAACAUUUAGCCUGAUACGUAUAUCUUUUUCUUAAUUUUUAGAGUCCCAUUUUCAGAAGGAGAUGGCUUAAAAUAUUGGAAAAGCUUUCGUCAUGCUAUUACGACCAUUAGAUUACUCUAAAAUCCAAAAACGAAGAGAUUGAAUUCUCCAGUAAUUUAUUAUUUUCAUCAAAAGGAUGAACUAACCGUCAGUGGAUAUAGGGCUGGAGUAAAAUCAAAAUAGAGAUCAGAGAGUAGUCGUAAUUUUAAUGAUGCUCUUAAAAAUAUUUAAAUGCAAUAAGCACUUUUUACAUCUAUUGAAAAAGGAUACUCAUCAGAUAGAAUCGAAGAAAUAUUAAAUAAAGAUCCAAAAAAGUAAUCUUAUAUCAUUUAUCUAGAUAUUUCUAUGAUUCAAAAAGUCCUUUCAGUUUGGCAAACAAAAAAAAUUAAAAAGGCUUAACACCCUUAUAUGUUGCAGCAAAAUUGGGACAUCUUGAAAUAGUCAAAAUUUUGAUUGAUAAAGGUGCUAACCCUUUAUUCUCUGUUACAAUUAAUGGAAUUGAAGAAACUCCAUUAGAAGUUGCUUAAAGAUGGAGACAUUUAAAAAUUGUUCACUUUUUAUAACAAUAUAAUUGA